AACAACGUGUAGUUGACUAAAGAAAACAACAACAACAUGUGCCUAGAGCAAAACUAGAGAAUAGAACAUUAGAAAGAUCAACCGUAAAGAAAAUUCUAAAAGUGAAAGUGAAAACAAAAACAAAAAAAGAGAAAGAGAAAGAGGGAGAGAGAAAACAGAAAUCAGCUCUGCAUUUGCCUAUCGCAAUUGCCAUUGCAUUUCGGUCAAUCGUGUCUAUAUUUGAGGUAUUAUCAGUGCUACUGGAGAACUACGGAGAAACCAAGAGACGGAUAAUAGCUCCCAAGACCCAUGUCAGAGGCUAUACGCCGUGUUAAUGCACUCGUAAUCACCCGACAAUUGGACGCAACAAAUUCUAUAGAUUCAUACGCAUAUACAUAUAUAUAAAUGUACAUAUAUAGAAUAUAUACGCAAAAUUAAAUCCGUGACUUUUGUGAGCAAUUGAUUGGCAUAGAUAAUACAUAUAUAGACUGUCAUACGCGAAUCUGGUUUCAGAGCCGAGAUCAGUGUGAAAAUGUGUUUAGCUUAAAGUUCUUCAACCAAGUGGAACGACCUAUUAUUGUCUAUUUUUGGAUUAAUUCUCAAUUUGAACUCUUAUCAAAUUUUUGUUUGCGUCUUCGAGUGUGACAUAUAAUCAUAUAUAUAAUAACAWUUAUAUUAAUAUAAAUUUAUAAAGAAUCUGUGAUAAAGAUAAGUGCAAAAAUGACCAACUCAAAGGAUAAUCUGGAAAAAACUAGAGAGCUCAUCACUGAGCAGAGCAUGAAGGAUUUGCUAACAAAGCAAUUGGAAAUUGUUGGCAGUGGCGGCGCCUUUGUGUGGGCUAUCUUCUUUCUGUGCGUCACGCCAAACAUUUUGAACGGAUUCCAUGUGUCGUCCUAUACGCUGCUCGGCCAUUUGCCCGAUGACCAGUGGUGCGGCAUUGAUGCACUGCAGCACACCAACUGGACUCUGGCGGAGAAGCGCAGCAUUAGCGAAUAUGAACUGGAGUCUGGCGGCUGUACCAUCUGGGAUUGGGACUACGAGCACCUGAGUCGAAUGUCCUACUCAUCGGCACUCAACUACACGCGGCGCAUGGCUCAGAUCAAUAAGCCGAGCGUGGUGUCCUGCAAGACCAAGGGCAGCUACGAGUAUGCCGAGCCGGAGACAACAUUCGUGGCCGACUGGGAGCUCACCUGUGAGCGAAGCAUUCAGCGCACCUCCGCACAGGUGGCCCUGUCGCUGGGCAAGUUCUGCGGCUCCUUCAGCUUUGGCAUAUUGGCUGACAAAUUUGGUCGGAAGACCUCGUUUACUUUGGGCGCCGCCUUCUUCAUUGUCGGCAGCAUCUUCUGCACCUUCACGCCAUGGUACAGCGUCUUUCUGAUUGGUCGCUUUGCCCUGGGCUCAGCCUCGUCAGGCCUAUUCUAUCCUGCAUUUACAAUGAUUGUGGAGAAUAUUUGCCUGAAGCAUCGUACCUGGAUGUCCAUUGCGUUCUCUGCCUCGUAUCCUGUGGGCAUGAUCCUGCUGGCCAUCGUAGGCUAUCUGAUCCAGCCCUGGCGCUAUCUGCAACUGGCCUUGACCAUGCCCUCACUGCUGCUGAUCCUUAAUUGCUAUUUGAUGAAUGAAUCGCCGCGUUGGCUUAUAACAAAGCAGCGCUACAAUCGUGUCUACCAAAUUCUUUUCGGUCAGCCCAGCCAUUAUGAUAUUCAGCCCACGAUUGCGACAGCCACCGAGACGUGCAGCGAUAAGAAGACGUUGGAGUCUGCCACGAAUGCUUCACUUGUAGAGAAGCUAAAGAAUGGCCCACUCAAGUCAAUUAUUGAGCUCUUCGCCAAUCCGAAGGUACGCCGAUAUAUAUUCACGUCGUACUUCAUGUUCUGUGUCACCUCACUGAGUUACUAUGUAACGGCUCUGAAUGCCGCCAAUUUCUCGGUCAGUCGCUACCUGUACAUUGUGGCCACAGGUGUCGUGGAUAUACCGUCGUACGUGGUGCCUGUGAUAAUGCUGCGCUACACGGGUCGUCGCAUCACCACCAUGUUCCUCUUCAUGUUGACGGGCGUCUCGCUGCUGCUGGUGCUGUCCGUGCCCUCUGGCAGCACCACGUGGAUCGUAUCGUUUGCAAUGCUGGGUCGGUUUGGCAUCAGCGCCACCUACUCGGUGGUGACGCUCUACACCGCUGAGCUGUAUCCCACCGAGAUACGCAAUUCGGCGCUGGGCACCUGCUCGACGUGGGCGCAUGUUGGCUCCAUAUCAGCACCGUAUGUGGUCGAUGUCCUGGGCGCCCUUGGCUGGUACAUUCCGACAACCAUAUGCGGCUGCUGCGUUCUAGUAGCUGGUCUGCUGACGCUUACACUGCCCGAAACCGGCACGGACAAGCUGACCGACAAGGUGGAGGACGUACCAGCCAUAGAGAGUGGGCCUGAAAAACAGUAGCCCCUGCCGGUCCAUCUGCAGCUAGUUAAAUUAGUCUAAAUCAAACCUAUAUAUACCUA